GGUGAAUUGUCGAAGUACGGUAAACUUAACAAACCAAUUAUUUGGCCUAAGAUGUAUGACUGACUGUUGUUAUAAUCAGGCUAAAUAUUGAAUUUGAUUAAAUGUAUUACCAAAGGUAAAAUUAAAUGGAUUUACAACAGAAUUAGCAUAUGUUAAUAGUAUGAUAUUGUAAUUCGUCAAUCAGAUAUACUAAGCAUAAUUACAUAAUUUGGCUACUUCAAUUAAGAUAGUUCGGUCAUCUUACAAUAGAAUUGUUCAUAAGAUGCCUUACAACAUUUUUCAAGUUGUUGAAUUACAAGUAGAAUCUGGAUGAACUAAGUGGACAUUUUGAAUGUUUUAUAAUACCUCUAAUUCGGCCAGUUCAAUUGAAUUUAGACUUCUAAUCGAUUGAACUAAAUGGAUUAGAAUUGGAGCAUCAGCUAUUACUACGGAGUAUUUUCCUAAAAGAUUAUUAUGAAUCGGCUACUGAAAAUAAUGUAACAUUUAUAACGUAACUAGUAAUGGCCUAAACUCAAGUAAAUGGGUAUCGAUGGUUUAUAGAGUUUUACUAAUUGCUAAAUUCGCAAACUGCAUUAUAAAGAUUAACUGAAGUUACUUAAAAUAAAUAUUACGGAGUAAAUAAGUAAUAGAAGUAAUAAAAUAAUGUAGGAGGGGAAUGGGAUAAUUAUAGAAUAAAGGACUAAUUGUAUACUCUUAAUUAAAAAGGUGACUAUUUAGAGACUGAAGUAGAGGACGUGAACUAGGGACUCCUGAGUUAAGGGUUCCGGUGACAAAGAAUAAUGUUGCUGCCUCUACCUCAAAGCCCACUGUCCCAAAGAAAAUGCCUUACAAGGUUACUGCACCCAAACCGGAUGAGGUCGCCCUCAAAACAAAACCGGUGAUUAAAUUUCCUAAGAAUGGUAAUGUGAGAUUUGAUGACCUAGGUGGCCGGGUUAUUACCAAUGUCCACGAGUUGAAAAGGGGGGAAGUGAUCACUCAGAUUGACUAUGAUGAGAACAAGAGAAAGAAUGUUUAUGGCAUGAUGCCGAAUGAUGUCCCGAGGCAUCACAAAAUUUCUAGAGUUGGGGAUGAUCUACAAAGGGUGGGUUUGGAGAGUCAAUGGAUCUCUUUCACGUAUGAGUGCAUAAGCGAGAUUCCGGGCGUCACAGCAAACUCAAGAACCCAGUGGUAUGAUUUCAAAGACAAUAUCUUUUACAAUUACAUGGCUUCUUUCUUCGAUGUCACUACCAGGGACAACAAGAAAUAUGCCAUCGAGAAAGCUAGAAGAAGGAAAGCGCAAGAGGGAAAGGAUGCAAAGGGUAAAAGGACUGAUGUGGCUAACAAGGAGGACGGUGAUAAGUCCAUAUUUAGACACGCAUUUGAUGCGUGUUCGGGUCGGAUUUUGAUGGUUUUCCUGGCUUUAAGGCGUUGCAAGUCUCAAUUUUAGCUCAAGUUAUGUUUACCGGGCGUUGGUUCGAGUUUUGUGUUGUUUGUAGUCAAAAUCAGGGAAUUUGAGUCCGGCACUUGAGGAACAAUCGGGAUGGUUUGAGAAGCAUUUGAGAAUGAUUUUAUAGCUUUGGAGGUCACCGGAAGAUUCACGAUGAAGAUUUGAAGGAAAAAGAGCUCUAGGAUUGGCUACGGGGUCAAAAGAAGAUGAAUGAAGCUUGAAAACGACGAUCAGGAUGACCUUCUGUCAAUCGUUCAAGCAUAUCUCUUUUUAGAAACAUCCAAUGUACACGAUUCAAGUUCCAUAUGAAAGCUAACUUCAAGGGCUACAAAUGAUAUGAAGACACCUUUGCGAGAAUCUGAGAGGAAGAAGGUGAAAACAGACGAUGAAGUCAGAUGAUCUCUGCUGCGAUUUCAGAAAGACACACUCCACCGUUUUGAUCAUAUCUCUUGAUUGGAUGAUUCAAAUCACAUUCGGCAAAUUGGGGUGGAUAUAGGAAUUCAUUAUCUACAACUUUCAUGAAGGAGGUUUUGUCAAAUUCGGAAGUUAAGUAGGCACGAUCGUGCCCUCAAAGUCAGACACGAUCGUGCCUGAAGAGAAAAGCACCGCGGAGCUACUGCCAGCCAGGCACGAUCGUGCCUGGAGGGAGACACGAUCGUGCCUGCCCAAAAUGUGCGUUUUUGCUCCGGAGGCACGAUCGAAGGCACGAUCGUGCCUGGCAUCGUGUCUGGCUCCGAAAAUCCUAAUUCAGCUCAAAUUUGACCCGAUUUUUCUAUUUAAACAGCCUGUAAACCCCCGUUUUCAAGGGGGAGCUUAGAGAGAGUGCCUAGCACGAAUUUUUUAGGGCUUUUCAGCCUUGUUCAUCAAUCUUUUGGGAUUCUUUGUAAGUUCCACCUUUUUAAUUAAUGACAAUUAAUUCUUUUUAUUCCAAUUCUAUUGAUUCUUCAAUUAUGAAUUGUGAGUAGUUUUAAUUAGGGAUUUGGGGUUGAUGAAGGGGUUAAUCAUGAAUGCGGUUUAAUUUGUGUUUGAAUAAUUUAAUUGAUAUCUCUUGUAACCUAGACUGUAGCUAGAAUUACAAUUGCAUGUAGAAUGAAUUAAGAGAGAUCUAAUUUGUUCUAGGAGACAUUCACACACACUUAAUCGUUCGCUAAGAGAUUAGUAGCGAUUAAGGGGCCGUAAGCUCGCUCGUUUUGGCAAUAAUUUAGGAUCUUGUCGCAUGAGAGAUCAGCCUGGACUCCUAAAUUAUUGUACUCUUCGUCGUGAGAGCGGUAAGAACUUAGUAAUGAUUAGCCAGGCUCAAUUAAUUAAAUUCAUGUAAUUAGGCCUGUUCUGCCAGAAAUCUGGUUAACCCCGGAAUUGAUCCCUGUUCCCUUCGUCAUUAACUAGAAAGAACCCCCUAGUUUAAUUGUUCGCAUUAGUUUUAUUUUCCAAACCAACCAAUCUCGCACGACGCUUUUAUUUUGUUUUCUUUUUAAUCGCUGAAUUUAAUUAAUUGUUGAUUCCCUUUUGUCCGUCCCUGUGGAGACGAUACUCGUACUUACACCACUAUAUUACAAUCUUUUUAAGUGCGAGAAAACACACAUCAGACGGCCACUCCUCCAACGAAUCAUGAAUUUUAAGGCCCUAGCAUGGAAUGUGAGGGGAUUAAAUAGACCCUCCAAACAAGCUACGGUAUCUAGUGUUAUGCGUAUUAAUAAUAUUCGUAUUGCAUGUUUUUUAGAAACUAAGUUGACUUUUGUAGCUUUCAAUAAUCUCAUGAUGAACAAGUGGGCGGGUUGGCACUCCUCCACUAAUUUUGAUUUGAUUACAGGUGGUAGGAUGGCUGUCAUAUGGGACCCCGAUUUCUUUGAUUGCGCUGUUUUGGAAAGGGGUAAAUAGUAUAUCCAUUGUAGAUAUACUUGUUUGACUACCCAAAUUAAAUUUCUUAUCACCUUUGUGUAUGCUCUUUAUACUGUGGUGGAACGUAGGACCCUUUGGGAAUGCUUAUCACAACUUGGAACCCGGAUUAAUAAUCCUUGGUUAGUCAUGGGGGACUUCAAUUGUGUGUGCUCUCCCUCAGAAAGGAUCGGGGCUGCCCCCCCUACGACGUAUUUGAUGAAAGAUUUAAUUGAUUUUAAGAUGCAUGCUAAUCUUGUGGACUCGCCCUCUACGGGGGUUUUCUUUACUUGGAACAAAGGGCCGCUUUGGGCCAAGUUGGAUAGAGUUCUAAUGGAUCAUGUGUGUGUGGGGGGGGGUGGGGGUGGGGGUUAAGGAGAUAGAUUGUAAGACCUGUUUUGAUGACAUGGAUUCUGAUUUUGAUCACACGGCUUCUAUUGUCUCUUUAGGGCAUUGCUAUCACCAAAAACCCCGGCCUUUUAAUUCUUUAACAUGUGGAUGGACCAUGCUAGCUUUAAAGACGUUGUUGAGCAGGUUUGGGCUACUUAUAUUGAUGGCACGCAUCAAUUUGCAUUGGCUAUGAAACUCAAGAAGCUCAAACAGUCACUAAAGCAACUAAAUACCUUAGAGUUUGUGGAUAUUUCGUCCAAAUCCAAAGAGGCAAAGAAAGAAUUCAAGAGACUGCUUGCCAUCACUUUACUUGACCCCUCGGAUGGGACUGCCGCGGCCCAGUUGGUUGAGGCUAGGAAAAGGGCCAACUUCUUACAUGAAGCGGAGACAAAAUUCUACCAACAAAAGCCAAGGCAAACCACCUCCUCAAGGCAGACUGGGGCACGAAGUACUUUCAUGCACUGGUUAAGAAGAAAAAUGUCACGAAUGCCAUAUCCUCAAUCACAUUAGAUGACGACACCAGUACUAAAUCUUUGGAGGAGGUAUCUUAUUGCUUUGUGAAUUUCUUCACCUCUUAAUUAUGAGAAGUCGAAUAUCUUUGUGGGGGGGGGGUUGCUGGUUAUGAGCUUCAUAAUAUUUUUGGGCCUUGUUGAUUUUGAGCAUGGGAUGGGUCGUUCCCGGUGAAAUACUUAGGUAUUCCUCUUGCAUCGUUAAAGAUUUUCGUUGCGCAAUACUCUCCUUUAUUGGACACUGUCACGGAUUUCCUCAACGCGUGGAACACAGAGACCCUUUCUUUAGCCGGAAAACUUGAACUUAUCAAAUUUGUCAUGCAAGGUGUGCAAUCCUUUUGGCUUCAAGUCUUCCCGGUUCCUCACACCAUUUUAGAGCGCAUAAUUUCAUUAUGUCGUAUCUUUCUUUCAGGAACCAAAUAUGCGAAAGUUGUGUGGCUUGAUUUAUGUCUUCCUAAGGAGGAGGGUGGGCUUGGUAUAAGGAACUUUAAAAUUUGGAAUGAAGCCCUCUUGGCUAAAACUCUUUGGAGUAUACAUACCAAUUAAGGCCGAUACCCUUUGGGUGAGAUGGGUAAACGGUGUGUAUCUUAGGGGGGCCUCGGUGUGGAGUUUUACUCCACACACCCGGGAUUCCCAACUCAUGAAAAACUUGGCCCGUAUUAGAGAUAACAUCCUAGCCCAUUUUUCCUCUUCGAUGGAGGCUAUCACACAUUUGAAUUCUUUGUGCAUUAAUGGUAAGUUGUCAUCCUCUAAAGUUUAUGACCUUCUUCGGGUCCAUGGCACCAUUAGGACUUGGAUGAGCUUUAUUUGGAAGGUUUAUAUCCCACCAAAGUUCUCGUUUAUUACUUGACUCGCCUUCCGUAAUAGACUGGCUACAGGGGAUAACAUUACACAUCUCAAUCUUGUGAAUAUUUGCGACUUGUGCAAGGGUGAGCCGGAAACGGCAUCACACCUAUUUUUUCUUUGUCCCUUUUCUUCUAGGAUUUGGACGGCCAUAAAGUCUUGGAUGGGAAUGGAACGACAAAUGAAAACUUUAUGCAGCUCCAUCAAGUGGAUCAAGAAGUCAUGUAAAGGAGCUCUGGUUCGUUCCAAGGCCAUCCGGAUCAGUUUCUGCUUCACUAUCUACAUGAUUUGACGAACUAGGAAUGCUGCCAGAUUUGAUGCAGCUCAUAUGAAGGAAGACGAAGUCAUUGAUAGGAACAAGCACUUGGUGUACAAAAUUUUGUACAAUUCUACCCAAGCGAUAUGAUUACCUUUUGAUUUUUUGUACUUAGCCCUCUGUUUUGUUUAUACUGCGGGCUAGGGCUGUGAACUUAUAAGUGAGUGCAUCUUGCAUCACUUCUUUUUGCUGGGUUGGUUCGAUCUGUGUGCGUGCCUUGGGCAGUAACGAUGUGUUUGAUUUGUGUUGGGAAAACUAUCAAAUAAGCCCUCGUACUAUACCGAAAAAGUCGAUUAGACCCUCAUACUUUACAAACACUCAAUUAAGUCCUCGAACUAUUAAAAAACGUUCAAUUAAGCCCAUUCGGUCGAUAAGUAACCGGUUUCCCAGUUAAAUGUAACCUGUUUCCCGGCAGCCACCGUUGCUGGGGUUCAAGCACAUCGUCGUUGUCGUCGCCGUUUAACCGGAAAACCGGUUACUUACCGACCAAAAGGGCUUAAUUGAACGUUUUUUAAUAGUUUGAGGGCUUAAUUGAGUGUUUGUAAAGUACGAGGGCCUAAUUGACUUUUUCAGCAUAGUACGGGGGCUUAUUUGAUAGUUUUCCCAUUUGUGUUUCUUGGCCCAGUUUAGAUGUGACUGGUUGCCUGAUUUAGACUAGAUGGGAAACUCUCUCACCCCCCCCCCCUUUGAGGGUGGGGGGUUAAAUUUUGGACACUUGCACUUGUUUACUUUGGAUGAUUAUAUAUAUUUACCGGUCAUCCAAAAAAACAAAAGAUCAGUAGUGGAAACCUUGCCACCCACCUCUUGGCAACCCGUGAAUCCGUGUUCGUGGAGUUGAGAAGGUCGUGAAUAACUCCGAACUCAGGCGGGUGGAGUGACGUCCUACCAGAAGUCUGUGGGUCAUAUAUGGUGCCGCCAACAGAGAUGGAAUGCCAGAAAGCUUGUCUUUCAAUACUACAUAUGGAAUGCCAGAAAGCUUGUCUUUCAACACUGCAUGGCAGGUCAAUUAGGCCAGCUAGUUCACGCUCAUCGUCCUCUAAGUUCUCGAAGACAAUGUGAAUCGAGAUAUUAUCGAUGGAAAGGAGGAAUGACUCACCAAAGGCUCGGAACUUGACCUCCGGGUUGAAUUGGUUGGUGGCCUGAUUCUUCACAUCCAUAGAGGACAACACCUCACAAGUCAGCUCCCUAUAUGUUAAGUCACGAAUGCCAAAGAAAAGGUAUUGCGGCUAUUGCCACCAGCCACGUCGUAACUCGUAACAAAUGGAGUGUUUGCUCCUUCAGCUCUGCUUUCUCCGCUAUCUCCUCAUGUGGGUAUAUCACUUUUCCUACCUCCUUCUGCAUCAGCUCAGUAUACUUAAUCAUCCGCUUGUUGUCCUUAAAUUGCACUUGGUAUGGUGCCCCCAGUCUACGACCUUCAGGUCAGGGGAGCUGCUAGAACUAGCGUCGACAUUAUCCCUAGUGUGCUUAGCGGUCUGCUUAGUCCUUUUCAUCUGCAAAAAUUAAUCAAACAAAAUUCCAACGGGGCUUCCAAACGGCAGGAACAAACACGAUAAUUCGAGAACAAUAGCCUCGUUAGCAACAACGUAACCAAACACAAUCACCAGCAAAACACCUAACCAAUUCCAAGCUUAACCAAUAUAGUUCAAAAGAAUUUUUCUACAAGAAUCAGAUCAGGAAGCGACCCGAAAAUAUGACUGGGUCACGAUCAGCUCAAACCAGUCGGGUCAACUUGGAGAAAACUCGGUCAACAUUUAUAUUUUACUCCCUCCAUCCAAGAAAAUGCUUAUCGAUUUGACUUGGAUCAGAGUUUAAGAAAGUAGGAACAAAGUGAAAAUGCAUGGUUGUGGUUGAGUAAGAAAAAGGUAAAUGAAUGAUAGCCACAAAAACCUUUCCAAAAAAGGAAAUGAGAAGAAUUUUUUGGGACAUCACAAAAUGAUAAGUGAGAAGAAUUUUCAGGGACAGAGGAAGUAUUGUAUAUAUAUAAUCAUAAUAAAAGGUAAUUAUUUUUCACAAUAAUCAAAUAUUAAUAAUACUAGUAAGCAUUGAAAACACACUCGUAAUAUUAUAAAUAAUAGUUUUAGUCCUUUUAAUAUUAAUAUUUUUUUAACCCGGUAGGCAAAUCACCAAAAUCAGUGGGGCAAAUGUCGGGGAACAUUUGCCGGAUUUUAUUGGAGUAAAAUUACAAGAAAAUUACAAGUAAAAUUACAGUACAAUUAGCCGAAAACAAAUAAAACAAGGAAAAAGCUAAAAUCUAAAUGCUCUUACUAUUAAUAAUAUUAUUUGAUAUUUGUUAUAUAUACAUCUUUAAAAUUAACUUGACAUGUCUAUGUUUUGGGGAUAAAUACUCAAAUAUUUCAUAUGCUUUUUUCAAAAAUAAAUACUACCUCCGUCCCAUAAAACAUGGCCAACUUUCCUUUUUUGGCUGUCUUAAAAAACUUUUCCAUUUUCAUUUAACGUGGCAAAUAUGUGACUAAAGUUAUUUCUCUAUCUUCUGCAAAAAUAUAAAUCACACAGUUUUUAAUUUAUUAAUCUACGUGCAAGUCAACAUUUGUCAAGUUUUAUGGGAUGGAGGGAGUAUUAACAAGAAUAUAGUAUAAUUACAAUUUGAGAAAUUAAAGACUAUUACAACCCAGCCAUUGGCAAAGUAAAGUGGAACACCCAAUUUGGCGUCAAAGAUCUAGAACACGUUUACUUAAAAAAAAACACGUUUUUUAGAACACGAUUACUUCACAUGUUACUAAACUGUGCUUAUUAAGACCCGCGUUAAUAAGCGGCGCAUAAAAUAAGCAGUGAUGUAAGCUAAUGUUUACUUCAAAGGAUUUAAACACUGUUUAACAUUAAAAUGUCCAAAAUAAUCCUAUACAUAAAUAGACACACAAACAUUCAUGUACAUAAGUAUAUAAUAUAAUACGUGGGGGCCACCUCGUAUGCGUCCAUACCCCUACCCCUCUACCCCCGCUACCCCUACCUCUAUCCUGCACCGUACCCCCAAUUCCACACCUUACCCCUUGACCCCUACACAUUUCCUACACCUACCCCAACUACGACCGUACCCCUACCCUUACUCCCCUACACAUUCAGAAAGUCACUCUGUCAAACAACAUCUUCAUCAAAAGUUCAAAAUCAAAGACAUGGUCCCUUGAGAUUUUUCUUAGGUCUUGAGGUUGCUAGGUCUAAGAAGGGGAUAGUUCUUAGGCUUUGUUUGCAACCAUUUGUGCUUAAAUAAAAGCACUUUUUGGGAAAAAGUGAUUAGUAGUAAAAGUUGGUAGUGUUUGGUAAAACAAGUGUUUUUUGUGUAAUAAAAAAAGUAAAAAGUAAAUUCUACACGAAAACCGAGAUAGUAAAAGUUGGUAAUGUUUGGUAAAAUAAGUGUUUUUUUCUUUAAAAAAAAGCCAAAAGAGAUUGCAAACAGAGCCUUAAUCAGAGGAAGUACUUCUUAGAACUCAUUGAUGAAUCAAGACUCCUUGGUUCUAAACCAGUAUCUACUGUACAUCUGCUGAUCCUUCUAUUAAACUUCAUGCUGAUGAGGGCACUUAAUUAAAAGAUCCUGCUUCAUUCAGAAGACUCGUUGACAUACUUCUCUAUCUCACUAAUACCAGACCGGAUAUUAGUUUUUAUGUUCAACAGUUAAGCCAAUUUGUUUCAACACCAAGAGAACCUCAUAUGCAAGCAGGACUAAUUGUAAAAUAUCUCAAAGGAUCACCAGGUCUUGGAUUGUUCUAUCCUUCUGACAAUUCACUCAAAAUUCAGGCUUUUUCAGAUUUUGAUUGGGCCAGUUGCAUCACAACUCGAAGAUCAGUCACAAGCUAUUGUAUUUUUGGGGCACUCCUUAGUUACUUGGAAGUCAAAGAAACAAUCUACUGUAUCUAGAUCCUCUCCUGAAGCAAAAUAUAGAGCUUUAGCUUCACUCACUUGUGAAUUACAAUGGCUAAAAUUCCUUUCUGACAGUCCAUUUGCUGGCAUACCAACUCCUUUCACCAUUUUUUCAGGGGAAAAGGGGCAAAUAAGCCCUCGAACUAAUCAAAAAAGUGCAAAUAAGCCCUUUUGUAGAAGAUUCUGUCCGAUCAUCGUAAUUUGGGGAGGUUCUCGGUGGAAUUUUUUGAUGAAUUUUUUUGAGCAUCUUCUUCGUUAAGUCUAGUUUCGCCAUACCGAAUUUCAGCUAAAAAUUCAACCGGGAAAGCACUCAAAUGAUUUUCGGAAAUAUACUGCGUUGUUUAACUGCGCAGUUAUCUUCAAAAAUUCAUUUGACUGUCUUCUCGGUUGAAUUUUUAGUUGAAAUUCAGUAGAACUAAACUAGAGUUAAUGAAUAAGAUGCUCAAAAAAUUUCAUCAAAAAAUUUCACCGUGAACCUCCCCAAAUGACGAUGACCGGACGGAACCUCCUACAAAAGGGCUUAUUUGCACUUUUUUUAUUAGUUCGAGGGCUUAUUUGCCCCUUUUCCCUUUUUUCAGAUUGCCAAUCUGCAAUUGUCAUAGCUAAAAAUCCAAUUUUCCACGAAAGAAUGAAAAACAUUGAAUUUGAUUGUCACCUCAUUCGGCUCAACAAGGCAUACUGCACUUACUCCAUGUUUCAUCAGCAAAUCAACUUGCAGAUGCUUUUACUAAAUCUUUUCAGCUAGUUAUAUCCAAGUUGGCUCUGUUCAACAUAUAUGACCCAACCUGAGAAGGGGUAUUAGUUAUAUUUUGUUAAGUCGGUUUGUAAAAAUAACCUUCGUUAGUUAGCUAAUUGGAUAUCAGUUGGUUAGAUUGGCUUUCUGUAAGUAGUGUAAAUAAUCAUUGUUGUAAUACAUAGCAAUUCAUAAUGAGAAUACUUCUUUACAUUGAUUGAUGUUUCCUCAAUCGCUAAUAUAGUUCCGCCACUGAGUAUUAGCU